UGGUCGGUUUGAUCCUCCUCUGAACUCCGUGUGGUUGGAUCGGGGCGUCUAUCAGUUGUCCUGCAGCGUUCUCUGGUUUGAUCAGGUUUAAAGUGACCAGGUGAGAAGGAUUCAUGCGGGAACCGGACCUGGAACUAAUCCGGACUCAGGAUCUGGGGCUGAUCUGGGACCAGCCUGCUGGAGGAUGAAACUUCCCCGCUCCCUGCUCUGUUCUCUGUGGUGUCUCCCUCUCCUCGGGUUAGGAUCACUGUUCCUCCUGGUUCACCUGCAUCACCUCACUGACUCCAUCCUGCAGAAGAACCCAGGUGUUCCGGUUCCAGAUGGUCGGCGGCGGCCCGUACUGAAGGUUCCAGCUGCAGCCCGGCCAACUAAUAGCCUCCGACUUUGUCCUGACAUGUUGCCUAGCAACAAGCAGCCCGUCACUAAGCGCCAAACGAAGCUGCUGCUGAAGAGCGGGGAGGAGGUGCUGCAGCAGCUGAGGACGCAGGCGUCCCGGCGGCGCCUGCUGAGCGACGUCUGCACCCGGUACCGGCCGGCCCAUGGGAGGCAGCGGAUAACACCGCAGCAGGUAUCUCGCAUUUAUGUGGAAGACCGGUUCCGCCUGUUAUACUGUGAGGUGCCCAAAGCUGGCUGCUCCAACUGGAAACGGGUCCUCAUGGUUCUGGGAGGCAGAGCCAGCUCCACACAGGACAUUCCUCAUGAUGCAGCUCAUUAUAACAACCAGCUUCGGCGGCUGGACAGCUACAAUCGGAUCGGGAUCGCUGAGAGACUCCGAUCCUACACAAAGGUUCUGUUCGUUAGGGAGCCCUUUGAGCGGCUUGUCUCAGCCUUCAGGGACAAGUUUGAGAGUCCGAACUCAUACUACCAUCCUGUGUUUGGACGGGCCAUCAUUUCCAGGUACCGGCCCAAUGCCACAAGGUCUGCUCUCAGAACCGGCGCCGGCGUCACUUUCAGGGAGUUUGUUCAGUACCUGCUGGAUGCACAGAAACCCGUUGGGAUGGACAUCCACUGGGAGCGGGUCAGCAAGCUGUGCAGCCCCUGUCUGAUCCCUUACAACUUCAUUGGGAAGUUUGAGAGCCUGCAGGAGGACGCCGACUUCCUGCUGCACAGCAUUCGGGCACCAAACAACCUCACCUUCCCCAACUUUAAAGACAGGAAUCCGCUGGCAGAACGGACCUCAUCCAGAAUCACUCGGGAAUAUUUCUCCCUGCUGAACAGCACUGAGCGGCAGAAGGUCUUUGAGUUUUACUAUCAGGACUACCUGAUGUUCAGCUACCCCAAACCCUUCCAGGAUCUGCACUGAUGGUCUCAUUCAGGGAGGGUCUGGACUGAGGGUUCCUCUGAGCACUGAAACAGACAAUCUCCAGACCUGCACAGAGGUCCGCCUUCAGGGAGGGUCAUGUCCAAGGGCUUUCAGGGACAGUGUGAGCUGAUAAUCAGUCUGAGUUUGCACUGAUUUCCGCCUUAAGGAAGUUCUGAUCUAUUUGUAAAUUUGCACUAAUUUCUGCCCUCAUGGACGGUUUGAGCUGCCCUGGGGCCUCAUGCACUAAAAAGUGUGUAGUUUUCAUAGUUAAUGUUUGAGUUGUGAGAAACCUCUGAACUUGAAUUUGCACAAUUCCUUCAUGCAUCCCACUUUUUGUAGAAUUGGUCACAGAUCCAGUUGCCACUUGGACCGCUCACAUUGCCAUAGAUGAUCAGCAAUGCAGAGCAGUAUAAUCACCUGGACGUCUCCCCAGGUGUUUAACACCAUAAAUGUUAGAGGUGGAGGGUGGAUGCAGAAUCCUAUUUAUCUCAUUCCUCAGGUAUAAGUGAUGUAUUUAAAAGUGGAGUUACUGAAGCUGGAAUGGAGCUGAAUAUCGAUCCUUCGUCAAAAAGAGAAACGCAUUAAGCAACAAAAUAUUAAGUGACUAUUUAUCAUCUCACUGACUGGACACAGUGUUGGUUAAUGUUUUUUUAGAUCAGGUAACAGGUUCAGACUGUAACUGUAAACCCUUAGGUUGGAUCGUAUUCUUCAGGAACAGUAAGACUCUCAGAAGCGAUUAGAAGGAAAUUGUACAACCAGUUUGUUUGUUUUAUUUAUUUAUUUUAGCAUAAGCUAAAAGCUAUUCUUCCUGGGGGACACCAAUCUUCCGUGUGACAAUACAAUUUGUAACAUCACUUUACACACUGUACGCACAAGACAUUUACAAAAUAAAUGAUACAUAUUUACAUUUAACGCCAUUGAUCACUAAAAUAAUAAGAAAAUACAUAAAUGAUAAACAUAAUUAAAAUAAAAUAUUGGUACUCCAAAUAGAUCUAUAUCAAGAUAAUUACCAAAAGGACUAUUAUAAACAAAGGACGACAUCUGGAACAAACUAUCUUUGAACUCGCCAACUAUCAGCUGUUAUUUAAUUUAAAGCCAACAAUGGCAGCC